ACCCAAAAUUUUGACGGGCAAUCUAAAUGUAUUAUUUCCUUUAUCUAGGAUCCGGAACAGCUGUCACUGUCAAGAUCUUUACCGAUAGUAAAGCUUGUACAUUAUUUUUCGCCUGGACUAACCCGACUGGACUAACCACACCGAAACACGUUCAGUCAGCUGAUCGCGACGCUGCAAUGGGGGACAACGACAUCGAUAUCCUGCCUACUUUGUACCAAUAUUACACCGAGGGCGGUAUACAGGGUGGCCUGAACGAUACCCAAUCCGACUUUUUACUGAACGGCAAGAAAAUAAAAAUAUUUAGUGGCGCCCUCCACUAUUUCCGAGUACAUCCGGAAUAUUGGCGCGACAGGCUGAGGAAGUAUCGCGCGGCGGGGCUGAACUGCGUCGAGACGUACGUCCCUUGGAAUGUUCACGAGCCUGAAGAUGGGCGCUUCGAUUUCGGAGGAAACGUCGACGAGAACGACUUCAGCUUGUUCCUGGAUUUGGUGCGUUUCGUCGAGAUGGCGCAAGAAGAGGACCUGUUGGUUAUAUUGAGACCGGGACCGUAUAUUUGUGCCGAAUGGGAGUUUGGAGGGUUGCCAAGUUGGUUAUUGCGUCAAAAAGACAUAAAAGUCCGCACUUCAGAUCCAAAAUAUUUGUCUUAUGUCGAACGGUACUUCAAACAACUUCUCCCCUUAGUAGCACCUUUACAGUUUAGCAAAGGUGGCUCUAUCAUAGCAGUACAAAUAGAAAAUGAAUACGGAAAUGUCAAAGAGGAAAGUAAGCCUAUCGAUACGGCAUAUUUAGAAGCUUUAAAAACCAUUCUUACGGAUAAUGGUAUUGUGGAACUUUUGUUUACUUCAGACACACCUACUGCAGGAUUUAAUGGAACAUUGUCAGGUGUUUUAGCCACAGCCAAUUUUCAAGAAGAUUGUUCCAUUGAAUUGGGCCUGUUAAAAAGUCAUCAGCCUAAUAAACCUUUGAUGGUAAUGGAGUAUUGGACGGGUUGGUUUGAUCAUUAUACCGAAAAACACCACGAACGGGCUUCCAAUAAGUUUGAAGCAGUUUUGGAGGAAAUCCUGAUGUGGAAUUCCUCUUUCAACUUGUAUAUGAUGCAUGGUGGUACCAACUGGGGUUUUCUGAACGGUGCCAAUAUUUUUGGAACAAAAGACGAUAAUUCAGGUUUUCAACCUGAUACAUCUAGUUACGACUACGACGCGCCAUUGUCUGAAAACGGUGAUUACACUGACAAGUACCUGGCUCUUCAGAGACUCACCGCCGAAUAUAAUGACAUAUAUGUCAAGCAGCCUUCACCUCCAGAACCUACUUUUAGAAUAGCUUAUCCAGACAUCGAGAUUAUUGGAGAGCUAAGUUUAAAUAGUCUGAUAGAUCAAUCCCUUUAUAGUAUUAAGAGCGAAACGUUAGUUUCUAUGGAGCAGUUGGAUAUUAAUAAUGGCAACGGACAAAGCUAUGGAUACAUUGUAUACAGAAAAGAAAAUAUUGAUAUUAAAGCUGGAUCAGUAUUAAAAGUAGAAGGACACGUUUGCGAUACAGUUUUAGUAUUAAUCAACGGAACUCUAGUAUCGAAGGUUUUAGAAACGGAAGAAGAUUUGAAUGGGUUUGGUUACUGGAGGAAGAAAGAUUCCAGUAUAAGUUUAGGGACUGACGACUAUUCAAAAGCUACCCUUGAUUUGGUUGUAGAAAAUUUUGGGAGAGUCAAUUACGGGAAGCUGUAUCAAUUUAAUCAGUACAAGGGGUUAUGGCAAGGGAACGUAUCGAUCAAUAACGAAAUCAUAUCCAACUGGAAAAUAGUUCCUUUAGAGUUCAAGAAACAAUGGACCAAAAAUCUGACGGAUUGGAACAAACCUUCCUUUAAAAAUGGACCAAGACUGUAUAAAGCGGUUCUAAAUAUUAGUUCAGAACUGAAAGAUACAUAUAUCGAUUUUAAAGGGUGGAGUAAGGGUUUUAUCAUAGUAAACGGAUUUGUCUUGACUAGGUUCUUCAAGUUAGGACCUCAGCAAAGUGGAUAUUUGCCGGCGCCGUUUUUGAAAAGAGGCGAAAAUGAAAUUCUAAUUUUUGAACAUUUUGUAGCCUGUAAGAGUAUCAAAUUUUGUACCGAUCCGUAUUUUGAAACUGUUGGAGAUGGAAAAGUAUUAAGAAAAUUAUUAGAGCAAUAAGAAUUUGUUUUUGUAUUUUACUUUAAAAUAAAAAAAUGUUUUUUCUUAACUG